CAUUUUAUGUUAUAUUUUAUGUAUUUUAAAUUUUAGGAAGAAAUUUCCCACGUCGACAAGAUAAGAAUUUAAUUAUAGAAGCAAAAUUUGAUGGUGAAUUAAUGUGUACUGAUCCCGUUCUUCAUGAUAAGACUCCAACUUUUAAUACAGAAUUGGCAUGGGAAGUUGAUCGUAAAGGGUUGCAAUUGCAUCGUUUACAAAGAUCACCCAUUAAAAUACAAUGUUAUGCUGCUGAUAUUGUAAGUCUUCAGAAGGAAUUGAUUGGUUAUUUAAUUUUGGAUAUUCGUUUAGCUCAUGAGAAGUUACAGCCUCCAAAAUGGUAUCCAUUGUUAAAUUCUAAAUAUCAAAGGCAAAGGCCAGAAAUACUUAUUUCACUUCACUUAGAAAAAAAUGAACAAAAACAGCCAGAAGAACAAUCAACAAGUAAUAUAGUAAAAAAGGAACCACAUGUGAAGUGCAGUACGCAAACUGAAAUAUCAACAAAAGCAGCAAGUGCUUCUGAUAGACAACAAUCCUGUUUGGAAUUGAAACCACAAUUAAAUAUAGAAAAUGGUGUAUAUUAUAUAGGUGACACCAAUCCGGAGAAAACUGAAAAAUUCAUAUUUUCAGUGACAAUAGCAUUUGCAACAAACCUCCUUCAGUUAGUGCAGUUAUAUCCAUCAAUUUCGAAUUCUUCUGGAAAUUUUUACUUUUAUUACUCAUUGUUUGGUAAUGAUGUAACAACUGAACCAUUUGGAAAUUUUCAAAAUCCUGAUUUUCCUGCUGAAAGAGCAUCUGUCAAAAUUAUUAGCAGUGUUGAUGUUUUAAAAGACUUCUUCAUUCAACAGCCUAAAUUACAGGUAUUCUUUUGCUGUGCUGAUGUUUCUAUUGGAAUGGCUGAUAUACCAAUUUCUCACAUUUUAAUGGAAGAUGCUACUAGAAUUGAAAAUCAUCCUGUGUCAAUAGAGGGGACUUUUGAAAUAGUGCCAAUAACAGAAAAUAAAGUUGACUCAUCUUCAUUUGAAUUUGACUCAAGACCUGAAAUUGGUAUUUGUGUCAUGUUACACAAAUUAGAGAAUGAGGAUCACCAUAAAAAUAUACUGUUAUCAUCCAAUCACAUUAGUGAUUCAUUAAGUACUUCCACUUCUGAUGCAUCAGAAAUAUUAAAUAAGGUUGCAGAUAUAAAUAUAGGAAAUGAUGCUUGUCCAGUUAAAGAAAAAAUUCAUCUAGAGAGUUAUCCUUCACCACCUCAAAGAUUAAGUAAAAGUGAAGAUUUAAAAGAGAAAGUAACAGAAGUUCCAACACAAUUAUUAAAACAAAUUCCACAAAGUACUGAUGUGCCAAGAGUUUCAUUCAUUGAUAAUAUUGUACAUGGAGCCUCUUCUAAUAUCAAAAAAAUUGAAUGUCCUUCUCAGUCAUUACUUGUUCCACAUCAUUUUUGCUUUACAAUUGAUUUAAGGACAUUAAAACUUAUUCAGCAGAAAGCUUAUUUAAAUUGUUUUCUGAGGUAUUCUUAUCCAUUUUUUGGAAGCACUGUUCCAAUUUUAACCCAUCCAUGUGUUGAUGUUCGUUCUGGAAUCGAAGUAACUCUUCCUCAUGGUUAUUGUGCUUUUAAUUUUGCAACACUUCAUCAUCAAUUAGAAAGUACAUUUAAAGAGUUUCCUCUUAUAAUUGAAGUGAUGCAUCGUGAUAAAGAAGGUAAUCAAAAAGAUAAAUUUGUAGGAAGUGUGAAAUUACAACUAAGCACUGUAUUAGGAGAAUCUGCAACAACAUUUGCACGAGAAAAUGGAGUAAUUGGAACAAGGCAAAUAACUACUUGUUGUAUUCCUGUUCUCUCUGAUGAGCAUAACAUAAUAAAAAGAAGACAAAUUGGUGACCUUCUUGUAGUAAUGAGCUUGGAUGAUUUAGGUCCAACAAACAUUCCUGUAGUAUUAGCUGAAGCAAAUCAGCAAAUUCUAAAUUCCUAUUCACAACAAGAUCAUUAUGAAUUGAACUUAAGCAAUAAACUUACAAUGGAAAAACAUACAAAAAUAUUUGAAGAAUGGAAGACUGAACAGGAGCAUAUUUUAAAAGAAAAGUUGAAACAAAAAGAAAAAGAACAUAUGGAAACAUUAAUAUUAGAGUGGAAGAAACGUGACAUGGAAAGAGAAUUAUUAAUGCAACGUAAAUUACGAGAAUAUCAGCAAAUGGAAGAAAAGUUAAAACAAGCUCUUUCAGACAUCGAAGUUAGAGAAAGGCAUCUAACAAUAAAUGAAAAUGAGAUUUUAAGAUCAAAAGCUGAUUUAAAACAUCAGAAAGAAAUUAUGGAAAGGGAAGCCAAUGAAAUAAUUAAACAUAUAAAGGAAGAAAAUGAAUUUAUGGUUGAAAUUGAAAGAAGUAAAAUAAAAGAGUUGCAGCAAAAGUGUAAAAGUUAUCAAGAACAACUAGCUGAUCUUGAGAAGAAAUUAAAAGAAAGAGAUAUUCUUAUCCAGUCAAUGAAAGAAGAAAAGGAAGGAAGUAGAGAAUCAUAUUUACAAGCAGAUGUGAAAGUUCUAACAAAUGAAAAGAUAGAUUUGAUGAAAAAAUUAGAAAAAGCCUUGUCUUCUAAACAACGAUAUAAAGAUCAGUGGGGACAAGCUUUAAGGAAAAUUGCACAAUUAGAACAACAAGUAUUAGAUCUUGAAAAAAGUGCAUGGUUAAAGAAAGAAGAAUAUGAAAUUAUUCAUUUGAAUAAAUUAGCUAAAGUAGAAGAAGGAAUUUUACAGAGUGAAAAAGAUACUUUGAAUCUAAUAAAAGAUAAAAUAUCAAAUUUUACAGAAAACUCUGAUGAAAGUGAAAGUCCAAAAGAAAGUAAUUCUGAAAAUAUUGGACAUUAUCCUAAAAGUGCAGAUACUAUCCAAAAAACUUUUCUAAAGCCUUCUGCCGCUGGCACUACUACUACUACGACUACAACUGCUGCUAUUACUACUACUACACUGGAAAACGAUUCAUAUCAUGAUAGUAAAACUCUAGAAUAUUUACAAAGACUGAAAGAUGAAAAGAAAACAUUAUUGGGCACUGGUGUAUAUACUGAAGAAGAUAGAAUAAUAAUUGAAUUAAACGAACAUAUCCAUAAAGCAAUGAACCAGCUUUAA